GGUUAUUUCCUUUCACUCAACUGAGUGGAAGCGGCGUUGAAACUUCACUGUUACAUAAGUAAACCGGAGUCUCUUGGGCGAAGAAGGGGGUCUCGGCUCAUCAUCAUGACGGAAAGCUCCACGAGUAAACUGCUAAAUGGAGAUAGUUGUCACCGAACCGCUAACGGAAAAAAGGCAGCUAGAAACGGCUUCGUAAAGAACCACUGUCUUUUCCAACAACAGCAGCAGCUGCAAAAGUACCGCCGCACGAAGGAGAAGAGCCAACAUGUCUCCCGAAACGCUGCACUGUACAACAAGCCAUUCGUGGAGUCCUUUGAGGAGACCCCUCUCCUGGUCGCCGUCCUCACGUACAUGGGCUAUGGAAUCCUCACCAUUUUCGGAUACCUCCGUGACUUCCUCAGACAGUGGAAAAUUGAGAAGUGCCACAUUGCCAGGGAACGUGAGGAGCAGAAGGACUUCGUCCCUCUCUAUCAGGACUUUGAGAACUUCUACACCAGAAACUUGUACAUGAGGAUCCGGGACAACUGGAACCGGCCCAUCUGCAGCGUCCCGGGAGCCCGAAUGGACCUGGUGGAGCGGGUCACCCAUGACUACAACUGGACCUUUGAACACACAGGCAGGGUGAUUAAGGACGUCAUCAACAUGGGCUCAUAUAACUACCUGGGCUUUGCGGAGAACAUUGGCACGUGUUCUGACGCAGCCACCAAGGCUACCCUGCAGUACGGAGUGGGAGUCAACAGCACCAGGCAUGAAAUGGGAAACCUGGAUAAACAUGUGGAGUUGGAGAACCUGGUUGCCAGAUUUCUGGGCGUUGAGGCUUCCAUGGCUUUUGGGAUGGGCUUCGCCACAAACUCUAUGAACAUUCCUGCUUUGACAGGAAAAGGUUGUCUGAUUUUGAGUGAUGAGUUGAACCAUGCCUCUCUGGUGCUCGGGGCAAGGCUGUCUGGAUCCACUAUUCGCGUCUUCAAACACAACAAUAUGCAGAGUCUGGAGAAGCUCCUGCGAGAUGCCAUAGUACACGGCCAGCCCCGAACACACCGGCCCUGGAAGAAGAUUCUCAUUCUGGUAGAAGGAAUUUACAGCAUGGAGGGCUCCAUUGUGCGUCUGCCUGAGGUGAUUGCACUGAAGAAGAAGUACAAGGCCUAUCUCUACCUGGAUGAGGCCCACAGCAUUGGGGCACUAGGACCCAGGGCCAGAGGCGUGGUGGACUACUUUGGCUUGGACCCACGGGACGUAGACAUCAUGAUGGGGACCUUCACUAAGAGCUUUGGAGCAGCAGGUGGCUACAUUGGUGGCAAAAAGGAGCUGAUUGACUACCUGCGCACACACUCACAUAGCGCAGUCUAUGCCACCUCCAUAUCGCCACCAGUCGCCCAACAGAUCAUCACUUCUAUGAAGUGCAUUAUGGGAGAAGAUGGCACUAAUCUUGGUCGGGACCGUCUCCGACAGCUCGCAGAGAACACUACGUAUUUCCGGCGGCGGCUGCAGGAGUCGGGCUUCAUCAUCUACGGAAAUGAAGACUCCCCAGUGGUGCCCCUGAUGCUCUACAUGCCUGCCAAGAUUGGAGCGUUUGGACGGGAGAUGCUGAAGAGGAACAUCGGCACAGUGGUGGUGGGUUUCCCAGCAACACCCAUCAUCGAGUCACGGGCACGUUUAUGUGUUUCAGCUGCUCACACCAGAGAGAUGCUCGAUACGGCAUUAAACGCCAUCAGCGAAGUCGGGGAUCUGCUCCAGUUGAAAUACUCACGACACAGGAGGCCAUCACCUCUCGAGGAGGCUGCGUUGUUCCUGGAGAGCCAGGAGUGAUGGCAACCACCGCAACAACAAUACAACAACGAGGCGAGACACAACCAUCCACCACUAAGCCGUCAGCGCUGACGUCCAUAGUUGUCCUCCCCUCUGUCUUGUCCCGUCUUUGUGUUCACAUGUUGUGUGUCACACGCUUGUUACUUUUUCCCUUGUGUUGGCCAGGUUGCCUUGGAUGAGUGUCUCUUAUCUGUCACAUCAGAGUUUUUGUCUUUUUUUUUCGUGUUUUGUUUGUUUGUUGUAUGACUGGAAAGACAUUUAUAUCAUUAUGAUCGCAAGAGAAUUUUAAUAGAAGAUUCUCAGGAUUGUUAGCAACACUAUCAACUUUCUGAGAAAAGAGCUUGUACAUUUCAUGAUAUCUAGUCCUUGGUGUUCAAAUUGUAGUCCCACCAAAUUUCAUGAGUACCACUUCAAUUUUCAAUUCAAAGAGAUUUGUUUGUCAUGAUGGGCAUCAUGACAUUAAUCGAAUAGUCGUGAACCUUGAGCAUGAAUCCCUAAUGUUACAGGCCUCAAAUGCCCUAAACGGCAUAAACUCUUUUGUAUUAUCAUUAUUUUUUACUAUGUAAACAUUGCUUUCAUUCCAUCAAAGCAUCCACCAUCUCGGUCUUAACUUGAAACCUUUGUUUUGGAAUUUCCUCUCUUACUGUAAAUGUUUACUCUUUGGCAUUGACCUUGAACUUGCAAUUGCCUUCUACUACUUGACCUUGUUGCCGUGGCAACCCCAGAGCAGGUGUGUCUGGGCUUCCUGUCUGACAGCAUAGAGUAAUGACAGGCCAUCCCUCUUAUCAUAGAGCUGAAAGCAUACAGAUUGCAAUGAGGAAAGUGGAAUUCGUCUUAUACAUUUUAUGAGUCUUAAUGCCUUUAAUA